AUGCCUUCCAGAAUGGCCUCGGCUAUUAGGCCGCCCGAGACAGUUGUUGUAACUGGAGCCAAUGGCUUCAUAGCUCAACACUGCAUUGCAGCAUUGCUCAACCAUGGACACAACGUUGUUGGAACCGUCAGGUCGGCAAGCAAAAUCGACCCGGUAAAGAAAGCACACAAGUCACACCCCAACCUGCAACUAGUCGUUGUCGACGACAUCACUUCGUCAGAAUGUUACCUCGGGGCUCUGGGCAACUCGGCGCCGAGUGCGAUUCUUCAUCUUGCCGCGCCAUUCCAUUACAGCGCCACCAACUUCGAAACCGAACUUAUGAUCCCCGCCGUACUUGGUUCGACAGCAAUCCUCGAGGCCGCAACUCGAAUCAAGAGCAUCAGGCGGGUCGUCCACACGAACAGCUUCGCCUGCAUAUACGACGCUGCUGCUGGACCCUCUCCAGAAAAGACAUACACUUCUAAAGACUGGAGUCCGCUCACCUACGAAGACGGCGUCAACGCCUCCAACGCUCCCACCGCCUACCGAGCCAGCAAGGCAGCUGCCGAAAAAGCUGCGUGGGAUUUCAUGUCGGAGAGGAAACCUGCCUUCGAUCUGGUGAGCCUCUGUCCCACCAUGGUCUUUGGUCCUUUCCUGCCUGGAUCAAAGCCGAACACCAUCGAGGAUGUCAACACGAGCAACCUCAUGGUUUGGUCCGUCGUCUCUGCUGGCAACAACCGACCUGUCCCUCCCACAAAAGGCCCAUGCUGGGUCGACGUGCGAGAUGUAGCCGAAGCCCAUGUGAAAGCACUCCUUGUUCCCGAAGCAGGCGGCGGCCGCUACAUGCUUUGCCAGAGCGUCUAUUGCAACCAGGAGCUUGCCGACGUUAGCCGCAAGGUGACUUCGAGAUAUUUGGACAAGAUUCCAGUCGGCGAGCCCGGCAAGCGAGAGAGCCAUACCCAUUUCGGGGUCGACGUAAGCGACACGGAGAGAGUGCUUGGGCUGAAAUGGAGAGGACUGGAGGACUGUCUAGGCGAUCUUGUGCCUCAGCUGUUUGAGAUUGAACGAGGUUCGGUUUCGGCUUCGGCUUCGUCCAGGUGUAAGCUGGCAAACAUGCUAGAGUGCUGA